AUGGCAGCCUCUGGUGCGUCCUCCACUAUCAAAAUCCUCUCAAUUUAUUCCCAAGAACUCGACCACCCCACCACCACCACCCCUUCUUCUCUCCUCUUCAGGUCAUGCACCGCAAGAAAACCACUUUUCUUUACUUCCGCUAAAACUUUCUCGAUUUACCCUCUUGUGCUACAGUGUAGCAGUGUGUCUGAUAAUGGGCGCUUCUCGAAAUCACUUGUGGCGGCGGCUUUGGCUACUGAAGCUGAGGUGGAGGAGGAGGCCGUGGAACAGCAGGAAACUGAUGGUGGGGGUGUUGCUGUUGUUACAAAGCCCAAGAAAGGCAAGGCUGCCUUGCCUUUGAAGAGGGACAGAACAAGAUCCAAGAGAUUUUUGGAAAUUCAAAAAUUGAGAGAAAACAAAAUGGAUUAUGACUUGAAAACGGCAAUAUCAUUGCUCAAGCAAUCGGCGAGCACAAAGUUUGUUGAAACGGCUGAAGCCCAUUUCCGCCUGAAUAUUGAUCCAAAAUAUAAUGACCAACAACUGAGGGCAACUGUUAAUUUGCCCAAAGGGACUGGUCAGACUGUUAAAGUUGCUGUUCUUACACAGGGUGAAAAGUUCGAUGAGGCGAAAAAUGCAGGAGCAGAUCUUGUUGGUGGGGAAGACUUGAUAGCACAGAUAAAAGGAGGAUUUAUGGAUUUUGACAAAUUAAUUGCGACGCCCGAUAUGAUGCCUAAGGUUGCGAGCCUCGGAAAAAUUUUAGGUCCAAGAGGACUAAUGCCAAAUCCAAAAGCUGGUACUGUAACUACAAACAUACCGCAGGCUAUAGAGGAAUUUAAGAAGGGGAAGGUCGAAUAUAGAGCUGAUAAAACGGGGAUUGUUCACUUGCCUUUUGGAAAGGUUGAUUUUUCAGAGGAAGAUCUCGUUAUAAACUUUAUUGCUGCUGUGAAAUCAGUAGAAGCAAACAAGCCAUCCGGAGCUAAAGGUGUGUACUGGAAAAGUGCCCAUAUAUGCUCAUCCAUGGGUCCAUCAAUCAGGUUAAACGUAAGGGAUAUGCUCGACUACAAGCCCUCAUCAACUGCUUAG